AUGAUAGCUAGCUUCCAGCCCGACCAAGAAGCCGAAGUACUUCUUUCGAAGACCUCCAUCCUGCGCGAUACUACACCGUUGCCGGCCGAGCUCGCAUCUCUAGGCCUUCGUAUCCAGUACUUCUUCCUUGUCUGGACGGUCAAGAUCAGUAUCGCUUUACAGUUGGCAUACCUGCGGUUCUUCCAUCCAAAUGCCGAGACGCAACCAACGUCCGUCAAAACUUAUUCAUGUCGACCAAGACUCCCAGUCCGCGUGUUCAUGCCGAAGUCUCGUCAAAGAGGAAACAAGGCUGUUCUUCCGCUAUACAUCCACAUCCACGGAGGGGCAUUUGCGACUUGUGAUGCAUCGAUCGACGACAAUUUCUGCAGAUCUUGGUGCGAGCGCACAGGGAUGGUGGUUGUGAGUUUGAACUACAGAAAGUCACCUGUCCACCGAUUUCCCGUGCCCGUACUGGAUGUUGCUGCGGUGGCACGCGCAGUUGUCGAUGAUGCAACUCUGGGUAUCGACAAAACCCGUGUGGUCAUGGGUGGGUUCAGUGCUGGUGGAAAAUUAGCCUUGACCGCCUGUCAGCUGCCUGAGCUGCAGGGUCGAAUCAAGGCAGCUGUGUCGUACUUCCCAAUUGUCGACUGGAGCGCUCCUCCGCAUGCCAAAUGGGCCGAACGUCUGUACACAGAGAAGAAAUCGGAAUCACUCAACACUGCGGGUCCAGCAUUGGAUUGGGCAUAUGUGCCUGCAGGUCAAAACAGGAAAGAAAAGCUGCUCAGCCCCUGUUACGCGAGCAGAGAGGAACUUCCGGAAUGGGUGUGCUUGAUCGGAGCUCAGCAUGACAUGCUGUGUCGCGAAUCUCGAGAUAUGAUAUACUCGCUAGCCGGCGAGGAAGUCUCUGAAUCUGGCUGGGAUCAAGGUUGGGAGAAAGGCAAGUACAAAUGGCUGCUUGCCAUGGGCGUCAGACAUGGUUUCACGGACGAGUUCCGUAAGAAGCGAGGCCGACAGUCCGAGAUACGUAGGCAGGUCUGCGAAGCCACCUAUGCAUCUGUACACGAGUGGCUAGAGACCAAAGUCUUGGUAUAA